CGCGUCCGAAAAUAAAGCUGUCAAGUUACAGAAUAUUUUAGAGGGAAGAUAGGCACAAAUUGAAUGAAUCGUGGGGUGACAAGGCCAGGACAAAGACGAGAAGAUGCGAGAAGGUUGUGCAACGCGUCGCAUCACUACUGGCGCUAAGGGCUGGGAUGACGGCGAUUGACCAAUGAGCAGCAGCACAGGUGGCAUCCUGAUCAUGCGCCACUGGGCGGUGACGUCGGUUUCAGGGAAAUCAAGAAGGGCGAGGGUCGUGGCAGCAUCAUCGCUCGCAGGCUGUGUGAAGGCAUAAAGAACCAGGCUGCUGCCGUUUUGCAGCCUUCCCCAAGUCGCUCUACACAAACCUCCGCCUACAGCAACAGUCCAAAAUUCGACUUUCGGUAGCGAAGACCAUCUGCAGCCACAUUCCAUCGUACCCGCCCGUAGUCCCCUGCAGCCAUCCAUCGCGUAGCCGUAGCGCCUCCAUCACAUCAACAUGGUCGCUCCCGCCCUUGUACUAGGCCUGCGUGGCGUACAGGUCGUCUUCAGCAUCAUCGUCCUGGGUCUUACAGCCUACAUUGUCGAUGCCUACAUUGACUGGGUCCCGGCGAGCGUCGCCUUCAUGCUCUUCACCUCCAUCUGGACCCUCCUUGCUGUUGCAUACCUCGUCCUUGCGCCAGCUCGCUUCCCUGCUGCAGCUCACAAGUUUGCCAUCGGAGGUGUCGAGUUCCUGACCAUGAUCUUCUGGUUCGCGGCUUUUGUUGCCGUAGCCUCUCGGUGGGGCAACGCGUGGUGGGUCGGCCGUCACGGCACCUUCUACAGCUGCGGUGUUGCUGCUAUCGUUUUCUCAGCCUUCAACUGGCUUGCCUUCGUAGCUACCACUGUUCUUGCCGCGCUGCACAUCCGCAGCUCACCCAGGAAUGACACCGCUCCUGCGCCCAACAUGGCUGGCGUCUAAACAACCAUCAACUGCUGCGCAUGACGGCACAAACAAGGCAUUGACCUUAUACCCAAUGAUACCCAAAUAUUUCCUACUCUUAUGCCUACGAUCAGAAUGUAAUGUCCAGCGCGACGUUUGUGUUUUGCGCGGUGCGUCCAGCUCCUGACACC